AUGGAGCGUCGUUCUAUUCAGGGACACGGAUCCACGAGCGACGAGGACGAUGUGAUCCACGGCAACGAAGCAGAUGGUGGCCCAUGUUCGUUACUCCUCGACCUGCCGGCAGAGCUCAGACACAAUGUUUAUGAUGCAGUCAUGGGGGUCGAGGCUGCACGUUUGAUUCCACGAACCAAAGGCCGUUUAGCUACAUCGACAUCCCUUCCUCGCGUCAACCGGCAGAUCCGCGAAGACUUCUUGAGCUACGUCUAUCUCAGAGCUCCGCUUAUUAUUGCAAGCGUGUACGGCUUCGACUUUCGCCAUGUCGUCACCUUCUUCAAUCGACUUUCGGAGAAGGAACUCAAAGGCCUUUCAAGAGAUAGCGAGCUACGCAUCUCACGCAAGAUUGUCAUUCAGCUGGAUCUAGGUCCUAUUCCCAAAGCCUUGAAGGACACAAUGGGACCGAAUUUUUCCCAAGAUGCUCUGGGCGACUUUCCCUACCUACGAUCAUGGCUUAAGCGAUCGGAGGAUCCAACUAAAAAGGGCACAUCCGUGGAUAUAUCUUAUUUGGUGGACGACCUGGAAAAUCCCGACCUGAGACAUUGGGCAUGGCACUUAGACUACAUGGGCCAACUGUUGCCGGCGGAGGGCCAUCAGAAGAAGGAAUUAUUGAAGAUUAUUGCUGCUGUGAAUGCCGCGAUGCUUACAGAUUGA